AUGCCAAAAUUACCAACAAAGUCAAUAAAAUCCCGUCUCGGAUUCCAUUCAAAGGACGAAGAAUCAGAGCUCGACUGGAAGUCAAAAAUUCAAUCCAAGUUUCUGUUUAAUUUCUCCAAAAAUCACAAUGGUACCAGUACCAGUAAUAACGAUGAUGAUGUCGACAUAGAAGAAGAUGACAAUGACACAAGUAAGAGAAAAAGCCUAUCAUUAUUCACGCGAAAGAACAGAUCAAAACCAGAGCCUUAUAAUAUAUCAGAAAGAUCCAAGCCUUCCGUUUGGAAAAGACUAGAUUACAACCCAACCGACUUAAACUGGUUCCAAGUAGUUCUCCCAGGUGUCCACAGAUUUGACAAGAACCUUAUAAUCAAUGCUCUGAAAGAUCACAUAAAACCAUAUACCUUCUCACCAAUAAUGUACCAAGUAUCGUUCAAAAAGGCUGUGUUUUACGUUGACAACCCCGAGGCUGCUGAAAAUUUACGCAAAUGCCAUAAGAAAAUAAUAAUAGACAAUUACUUCACUCUCACAGUUGAUGUAUGUACAUCAAGGUUCCCCGCUUCUGAAUUUGACGAAGACUUUAAAAUAAAAGUUCAGCAAGCAAUGUCAAGCAGAUACGUUGAAGAAACAAAAUCUCUAAACUUGUCUUGCUUCCACAGAGACUCAAACCUUAUUGAUAAUUAUUUCUGCGCUUUAUUCAGACCUGAUAUACUUAUUUACGUCCUAGAAAUUGCAAGUGAAGCUGUGCCUGAUUUAGAAGCUCUUAAUCUGGACAAUAAUCAAUUAACUAAGUUAGAAAAUUUGACAAUAUUGAGCACGUGUUUUAAAAACUUAAAAAUUUUGAGCCUAGCUAACAAUAAAAUCAAGCAUGAGUCAAAUUUAAAUUUUUUAAAAGAAUUAAAUUUGCAAGAUCUUCGUUUAGAAGGAAAUGAGUUCAUCUCAAGGCUGCAAAAAAUGAAAUUUAAUUACUCUUCAGUAAUACGAGAAAAAUUUCCGAGUUUAAUUCGCCUGGAUGGCAAGCAAUUGCCCAAAAAAAUAAGCUUUGACAUUGAAGACACGGCAAUUUCUUUACCUAGUACGUUAAAAAUUUUUACAACCAACCAACAAGUCCUUGAAAUUGCUCAGCAGUUUGUUCAACUUUACUUCAAUGUUUAUGACAGCAAUUCUAGGCAGCCGCUGCUGGAUGCUUAUUUAGACAACGCGGUUUUUACAAUGACUAUCAGCCCCGAGGUUUUGAUUGAUAAGAGCAGCGCUUACGCUUUGAAAAACAGGAAUCUUCUUUGUAUUGAAAAUUCUAGGAGGGUUAAAUUACUGAACAAAGGACGGCUGCAUGUCGUUGGUUGCUUGUCCGAGUUUCCCAAGACCCAGCAUUUAGCUGGUAGCUUCACGCUGGAUGUCAAAGCUCUCACUGGUUCUAUGAUGAUGAUCAUCACCGUGACGGGGUUGUUCAAAGAACUGAGGAGUGAAGGUGAUGUUCUUAGGCAGUUUUGCAGGACGUUUAUUAUUGAACAAUUUGGAACCGGUUAUUGUAUUGGUAAUGAACAAUUUCACCUUGCUAAUCCUACUGCUGGUCAAGUUAGGCUCGUCUUGCAGCAAAUGCACAUUGGUAAUCCUGGUUAUAGACAGAUUCAAGAAGAUACGAAGAUGAUUGUCAAGGAGGAUAAUACGCAGCUUCCGGAGGGUAUUAGAGAGCAGAUGACUAGAGCGUUGAGUGAGAGGACCAAGAUGAAGCAUGAGUGGAGUUACAAGUGCUUGUCGGAAGUUAAUUGGAUUUAUGAUGUUGCUAUUAAGGCUUUUGAAGAGCAUCAUAAAUGUGGGUCUAUUCCACCUGAAGCUUUUGGGUAG